AUUUUGGCUCCCAAACGUCACAAACCCGGAACAUUUCACCCUUCGAAACCAGACCUGAUCUCCUUCCUGGAGCGAGGGGAAGUGCUGUGGGCACCUGAUCACCAGGAACACGAGGAGCAUGAGAUCCCACCAGGCAGUAGCUCAGGAGAUGGGCAGGUGAGUGAGAAUACAAAGAAAGCUGUUCAGCCGGAAAGUUUUGCCCUGGGGAAGCAAGAUGAGAUGCAGUUGCAAAGGGCUGAAGCGAGCCAGAGAAAUGGGGAGAGCUCUCGGACCUGGCACGGAGCCGAGUGGCCUCGGAGAAAGCGUCUUGGGAAUCGAAAGGCCGAAGCCAUUCCUGCCCAGAAAAGCAAAGAGCCGGCACAAAUUAAGAGCAGACCAAAGAGAAACUCUCCUCCUAAAGCCCCGGACAGAAGACGUGGAGUAGCAAAGUCGGAAAAGUGCUCCGUCUGCGGGAAAACCUUUUGUAAUAACACUUACCUUGCUAUACAUCAGAGGUCCCACACGGGAGAAAAGCCAUACACGUGCUCGGACUGUGGGAGGAUGUUCAGCGCGCAGUCAAACCUUCGCUCACACGAGAGAAUCCACACAGGAGAGAGGCCUCACUCGUGCGCAGAUUGCGGGAAAAGUUUCAUACGGAACCGAGACCUUCAGCUCCACAGGCGCGUCCACACCAGAGAGAAGCCACACGGGUGUUCCUACUGUGGGAAGAAAUUCCGGAGCAAAGCGCACGUCGCUAGACACGAAAACAUCCACAAAGAAGAGAAGCCGUUCCAAUGCUCGGAGUGUGGGAAAGGAUUCAGAGCGAACGAGCACCUUAAAGUUCACAAGAGGACACACACAGGAGAGAAACCUUACAAAUGCUUGGACUGCGGCAGGAGCUUCAACUGUUUGUCUAACUAUAGCAGGCACAGGAAAACGCACGGAGGAGAAAAACUGCACAAUUGCUCAGAUUGCGGGAAAAGCUUCAGAGAUAGUUCAUAUCUCAAGUUGCACAGGAGAAUCCACACUGGUGAGAAACCUUACCAGUGCUCGUUCUGCAGGAAAAACUUUCGGUGCAGUUCGACUCUUAUAAGUCAUAAGAGAACCCACAGAAGGGAGAAACAAUAUCAGUGCCCCGAAUGUGGCAAACGUUUAAGUCAGAAAUGGUGCCUUGUUAAGCAUUUGAGAAUGCAUAAGAAUAAAUGUACAGACUGUGGGAGAAUCUUCAGCAAAAGUUCAGCUCUCCAACAUCAUCACAGAAAAAAGCAUUCAGACGAGAAUCCGUUCAGAUGCUUGCGCUGUGGAAAGAGCUUUGACCGCAGGUCAUCGCUGAUAAUUCAUGCGAGGAUUCACACAGGGGAGAGACCUUACGUUUGCUUAGAGUGUGGAAAAGCUUUUAUACAGAAAGCUAAACUUGUUCGACACGAGCGAAUGCACACAGGAGAGAAACCAUAUGAAUGCCCCCACUGUGAGAAAAGCUUCAGCGAGAGAGGAAACCUUGUUCAACAUGUGAGAAUCCACACGAAGAAGAAGCCCAACAAACGUUCCCGCAAGGUCACUCGUCAUUGAACACGAGAUACUCCCCAUGACUGUUCAGAACGUGGGAGAAGCUUUUUGGCUAUCUUUCACGCCACCUUGAAUGUUCAAGAACAACUGUAAAUAAGUUUUG